UUAUACCUAACACGUUAUCUCUCUAUAGGCUUGGCCCACUGCGUAACAGUGACAAUACCAAACCCAGUGAUCAAUGUGACUGCAGGAAAUAGUGUCAAUCUCAACUGUGCAUAUAACCUUGCUUCCUCUGACACCAAAAAUUUACUAAUACAAUGGAAUAUGAUGGAAGCUCAUUCACAAAACCAAAUUGCUGUGUACUAUUUCGAGAAUGGACAAUCCUUCCCAAUGGGAAGAUUUAAGAACAGAGUGACCGUUUAUAAUAAUACUGGAAAUGCUUCAAUAACUAUUUCAAACAUGCAACCACAAGAUACUGGAUUCUAUACCUGUGCGGUGUCUAAUCUUCCAGAUCCCAUUGGAAUGGGGCAUAUACAAGUGAUUGUACAGGUUGCGCCAUCUACCCCACAUUGCAGCAUAGAAGGGCAUAUGGAAGUAGGACACAGUGUAACACUGUUAUGCAUUUCUAAGCAAGGGAUGCCCCGGCCAUUCUAUACUUGGAGCAGAGUAGAGAAGGAUGUUCUAUUGCCAGUAAAUGUUGAGCAGAGUGAAGGAAUCAUAGUUCUGGGCAAUAUGACUAAAUUUGAAGAAGGAUACUACAGAUGCAUAGCAAGCAACAGCUUGGGCAAUGCAUCCUGUGAACUGGAUCUCACACAGGGGGUAUAG